AUGGUUAUCCUAACAUACUUAUACGUUCUCUUAAUAUAGUUUACUAUAUUAUGCUGCUGUAAUCAUAUAUAUAUAAUUAGUUGGCAAAUAUAUUGUUUAAAGUGAUGUAACUAUUCAAACCACUUCCAGUUAAUGGAAUGACUUAAUUUCAAAUUCAUAACUUUCAUUCUGCACAAAUGAAAAGUCUGAAAAUUAUAUAGGUUAAGCUACAAAUUCAAAUUAAAUAUAAUGGUAAAAGACUUUCAACAUAUAUCCCUUAACCAGCAAAGUGUAUAUCUACUUAGAAUUUCAAAUAUCAGGUGAAUGGAAUGAUGAGGAAGUUAUUUUAUAUGUUGAUAAUGUAAAAUAAUACUCAGAAAAGAUCUAAUUCAUGGAUACUAAUAAACUUUGUAAUGAUAAGUAAAAAAUUCAUUAUAUUAUAAGCUUUCUUUAUAAUUCUUUUAUGUAUGUUGUAUAUAACAUGCCUCAAAGUACAAUGAAUUUGUAAAUAAGAGUAAAUAAAAUUGAUGUAGGACUUUAUAUAAAAAAUGUGAUAAUAACUUAAAGAACAUAAAGAGGAAGAGGUGAAGUAUUAUAAACAAUGUCAAAUUUACAUAUUUGUUUAAAUGGUCUAAGUUUGGCUCAUUAUUACUGUUAAUGUAAUAAUCCAUUAGUAUACCAAUAAAAUUAAUGCGUUGCUUCUUGUGAUUAGAAUUAUUUAUAUAGUUUAAAUGAUAAUCAAUGUUAUUAAAAACAACAUUGUUAAUCUUGUGUUGGAUUAAAUUAAAAUUUAUAAUGCGACUUAGGAUAUUAUGCCUAUAUGGAAUCAGACUAAGACUUACCAGUAUGUGUUUCAAAGUGUCCAAAUAGUUAUUAUUAAGAUGAAACAACUUAAACUUGUGUAGAUUAUCAAGAAUAUUUAUCUACUAAUCAAAAUUCAGGAUGUAAAUUUUAAUCUAAUAUUUCUUAGAUCCAAUUGAUUAUGUUUACUUUAUUAAAACCAUACCAGAAUUUAUGCAUUAUUUUUUAUUGAAUGAUUUUUAAGUCAUCAUAGUUUCUGAACCUAUUAGACCUAAAGAAAGAAACUUUUUUUAUAUGGAUAACAAUUUUUAUAUAGGUUCAUUUAAUAAUUUUAAGAAUUAAACUAUUUAGAUCUAAACAAUUAUUAAAAAUCCAUAACAUAAAGUUAAAUUUAGAGCUAUUUGUCACUUUAUAGAUUUUUAUCCAACUAAUUUUUAAGUUUAUAUAAAUGAAGAAAAAUAAGAUGAUAUUCCAUUAAUAUUGGAUACUCAAAAUAGAAUAAAGUAGGAUAAAGAAGAUUAUAUAUUAAAUUAUGAAUGGACUUGGUUCAAAACUAAAGAUAUCAAUCUUGUUUAAAAUUCAAUCUUAUUCAGAGUGGAACAACCAUUAUAAGAUGGAAAUUAUAUUGGUUAUUUUUUCUUAGAAGAUAUUCAUAUUUACUCAUUCUAAUGUAUGACAGGAUGUCCAAGUUGUUUUACAGAAACAUCUUGUCCUCCAUGUACUAAUCCAGCACAUAAGAACUCUUAAGAUUGUACUUGUCUAACAGGUUAUGCUUUAUAGAAUGAUAUUUGUAUCGAUUGUCCAACUUAUUGUACUACAUGUCUUACAGCAGGGAAUUGUGUGGAUUGCAUUAUUGCAACUUAAAGAUUAAAUCCUCCAAAUUGUAAUUAAUGUCCUGAUAAAUUCUAUGUCAAAUCUGGUGAAGAUAAUUGUUAACCAUGUUAAACUGGUUGUUUUAAAUGUAUUGAAUUAGCUAAUUGUAUUAAUUGUUAGAAUGGAUACUUUAGAAGUAAUACUAAUUAAUGUAUUUUAUAAUGUCCUGAUGGAUAUUUCAAUGAUAAUAGUGUUAUAAAUGAUCCAAAAUGUACAAUAUGUGAUUCAAAUUGUUUAAAAUGUGAUACAGCAGCAACACAUUGCACUGAUUGUAUAGCUGCAGGAUUUUUAGUGGAUUCAUAUUGUUAUAUUUGUUUGGAAGGGGAAUAUUUUUCAGGAACAUCAUGUUCACCUUGUAUUAAUGGAUGUCAAAAAUGUAUAUCAAAUAUAUGUUAAUAAUGUUUGGAAGGAUAUUAUUAUAUGGAUAGUAAAAAUGAAUGUUAAAUUUAAUGUGAUGAUGGAUAUUUUGGAAAUUAUUAGGCUCGAUAAUGUCAAAUAUGUGAUUCUACCUGUAAAACAUGUGAUAAUAAUACAAAUAUUAAUUGUUUAUCUUGUCAUAUUGGUUAUGUAUUAAAUGUAAAGAACAUUAUAAGUGGAGAGUGCAAAUUUACAUGUUUGCCUGGAUUCUAUAAAUAGGUUGAUAAUUGUUAUUAAUGUUGGAAAGGAUGUGCAUCUUGUAUUGAUUAAACAUAAAAUUGUUUGGUGUGUGCUUAAAAUUAUUUCAGAUUAAAAAGUAAUGGAUUAUGUUAUAGUAAAUGUCCUGAUGGAUAUUAUAAUAAUUAAAUUGGAUAUUUAUGUUCUCCUUGUCAUCCUAUUUGUAGAACUUGUUCUGGAUUAUUGCCAUAAAAUUGUUUAUCUUGUAAUUCCCCAUUAGCUUAUUAUUAAAAUGAAUGUUUAACUGAAUGUUUGGAUGGAUAUGGCAAUGUCAAUAAUGUAUGUACUCCCUGUGUCUCUAAUUGUAAGAAAUGUUUUGGUACAUUACAAAAUUAGUGUCUAGCUUGUUUAUAAGGUUACUAUUAUUUAAAUAAUUAAUGUUAUGUGAAAUGUCCUAGAUUCUAUAAUAGUAUAAGACCUUAAUAUAUAUGUAAGUGUUAAUUUUUUAAUUGUAUUGAAUGUUUAGAAAAUUAAUAUUACUUCAAUAAUUUGUGUUAUGAUGUAUGUCCACAAGGAUAUUUUGGAUUUAAUAAAUUGUGUAAUUUAUGUGAUGUUACAUGUAAAACAUGUUUUGGUGAAGAUACAAUUGAUUGUUUGAGUUGUAAUAAUAAUUUAAUUUUGUGGAAAAAUAAAUGUAUUCCUACUUGUUUAGGAAAUACAUAUCAUGAUAUUUUAAGUAAUGAAUGUAAAUAUUGUAAUAAUGAAUGUGUUGCUUGUAAUGGACCAAAUAAUAAUAAUUGUUUAGUUUGUCCUUAAAAUAAAUUAUUAACUUUAGAAGGUUAUUGUGCAGAUGAAUGUUCAAGUGAUUAAUAUGCAGUACUCCCAGAAAAUAAAUGCUAUCAUUGUCAUUCAUCUUGCUUAACUUGUUUUGGAUCAUCAUAUUAAAAUUGUUUAACUUGCCCAAAAUAUUUUUAUCUUUUUGAAUGUGUUGAUGAAUGUCCUGAAGGAUUUAAAAUUAGCAAAAAUUAAUAAUCUUGUGAACCAAAUUUUGAUAUUGUACUUGAUUAUUGUACAUAUUAAUGUGAUACAUGUUGGUUAAUUCCUAGAUUUUGUAAAACUUGUGCUGCUAAUCGUGCUCCUAAUCCACCUAAUUGUGAUUGUGAAACAGGAUAUUUUGAUGAUGGUAUAAAUUCAAUUUGUUAAAAAUGUGAUAAUAAAUGUUCUACUUGUAAAGGUUUAUCUAAUAAUUGUAUAAAAUGUAAAGGUGAUAGAUAAUAUCCAUUGUGUUCAUGUCCUGAUUAUUAUUAUGAUGAUGGUGUUUCAGUUAAUUGUAUUAGAUGUUAAGAUAAUUGUUAAAAUUGUGAUUCUGAUGGAUGUACUAUAUGUUUAGCUGAUCGUAUUAAUUUACCAGAUUGUAUUUGUAAAGAUGGUUAUUAUGAUUCAUAUGCAUAUUAUUGUUAAUAAUGUGCACAAAAAUGUGAUACUUGUGAAGGAACAGCUAAUUUAUGCAAUAAGUGUUCAACUAUUAGAGUAGAUCCUCCAAUUUGUAAAUGUCCUUUAGGAUAUUUUGAAAAUUCAGAAAUACAAUGUUAAGCAUGUGAUCCAACUUGUAUUGAUUGUAAUUAAUAUGGAUGUCUUUCUUGUUUUGGUAAUAGAAUUGGACCUAUAUUUGGAGAAUGUAAAUGUGAUUAAAAAGGAAUUAGUAGAUAUAGUAUUGGUUCAGUAUAUUGUACUGAUUGUUUUGUUGGAGUUCCUUACUUUGCUUUAAAUGAAGAAUUUACUGGAUUUAAUUUUGAUUUUGGAGGUGCAGUAGUAUAUAUUCCUUUUGAAAUUGAUUCUCUAUGUGAAGCAUUCUUUCAUCCUGAAACUUUAAUUAAAUUAGGAACUAAUCCUCGUUGUGAUUUAGAAUUCAAUGUUUAUUUUGGUCUAAAUCCUAAUAUUAAAGUUGGAGAUAUUAUUAAAUUAAAUAGGGAAUUUUUAUUAAGUGGAUGUUAAAUUAAAUUUGUUUAAAUUAUCCCUAUGCCAUUGUCUAUACCAAUAACAAUUGAUAAAACAACACAUAAACCAAAUUUAAAAUUCAAAGAUUUAACUAAUCCCAAUAUAUGUGAAUCAAUUAAAAUAGAAUUUGAUUCUUUGGCUUUUAAUGGAAGAUAAUCAUUUGAUAUAUUAUCAUGGAAUCUCAUUUUACCUUCACCUCCUCUUCCAGAAAUUGAAAUCAUUCUAUAAAAUCAUACUUUAAAUCAUCUACCAUAUUUAGAAUUUCCUCCUAAAUUAUUUGAAAGUGGAACCAUAUACAAAUUUAGUGUAAUGGUAGAAAGCUUUGCAUUAUUAUAGAAUUCAAUAGAAGUUCAAUUUUAAGCUAUGUAAAGAUCUUCUAUUAAUUUUGUAUCUACUUCAAAUAUCAAUUAAUUUCAUAGAUUUGAAAAGAUUAUUAUACCGAAUGUGUUGACUUAUAUCAAUUGUAUUGAAAAGAACCCUCCUCCUUAAAUAGUAUAUUAUGAAAUAUAUCUUAACAAUCUCAAAUUAUUAAUAGUUGAUGGCAAUUUGACUGAAAAUCUCACAGAUGGUUAUUAAUAUGAUAUUCCUAUUACUUUUUAACCAUAUUUCCUUAAUUUUAAUAAUCCUUUCAUUUUAACAUAUAAUACUAUUUUAACUAGAUCUGAUUACAUAGUGAAAAGUUCAUCUGAAUUUGAAUUUUAUAUUGUUCCAUCAAAUCCAGUUAUUACUAUAGCAGGAGGUAAUAGAAUGAUUGGAUUCUAAGAUGCCUUAUAUCUUAAUACCACAAUUACUGAUAAGGAUCUAAAUGAUCAAGAAAUUAAAUCAUAGGUAUAUGAAUGUUCCUGGAUAUGUUUGGAUAUCAUAGAUGCUACAUAUUGCUAGAAUCAAUAAAAAUAACCUCUAGAAUUUAAUUCUAGCUGUUCAUAAUACAUUAAACCCAAAACAUUCUAUCCAUAUACAGUUUCCAAUUUUGAAGUUAGUAUUAUUAAAUAGGGAAAUAGAUUCUCUACAACAGUUUCUAUCUAAUUUAUAGAAAUAGAUUUACCAAGUUUAAUUGUAUAUGGUGCAGAUUCAGAAUAGUUAUAUAAUUAUUAUAAUGAACUUAUAUUCACUGUCCAAUACCCAGGAGUUAAUCCUGAUCUAUUGAUGUAUGCAGGAGCUGUAAUCUAUGAUUAAUAUGUGGUUGCUACAUUUGAAUUCUUUUAUCUACAAUUCAAAUACAAAUAGUAAAAUUAUUUCAUUGAUUUAUUGUAAGACAACACAAUCAAACUAAGAUUAUCAGUCUAUGAUCCUCGUUUUAUACUUCCAUCUAUCAAUACUUAAGUAUUAAAAAUGAAUAUCCCUCCUUAAAAUUGUACAUUAUCAUAUCAAUUACCAGAGAGUUAUGUAGAAUUCUUAGAUGAAAUGAAUAUCUCAUUAAUUGGUUGUAAAGAUAAUAAUGCUCCUCUUAUGUAUAGUGUGUAUCUUUUCCCUAAUUAAUCAAUUUAUCAGGAAGAUUUGAUUUCAUCUAAAUUUCACAACUUUGUUAGACUUAAAAACUUUCAAUCUUCAAAUCAUUUCAAAUUAAUCUUACCUUAUUAUUUUGAAGAUAAACCCUUUUUAGUAUUUAAUAUUAAAGAUUCAAAAUAUGGUAUAGUGAAUUUGACUUUAACAGUUAAUGUGAAGGAAUUCAAAAAGAUUGAUGAAAGUAUAUUCAAGGAUUAUUAAUCUACACUUUUAAGUUUUGAUGAAUAAUUAGUUGGUUAUGUAUUAAUUACUGAAAGAUUAAAACAACUCAAAUCACUUUCUUAAUAUAAGGAAAAGUUAUAUAAAGAUUUAAUUACAAUAGAUGUUAAUCAAACACUAUUGGCUAAUCAAACUGAAUCUUUAUAUCGAUCUAUUUCAAAUCUAAUAAAUCAGAAUGUAACAUUAAUAUCUAUUAAUGAAACUAUUUUACUUAAUCAAAUCAAUUAUAGAAUAAUGAAAGCAAUAUCAAUAUUGUCUCAAUAUUUUAAUUUGCAAAAGCAGAAUCAAUUAACUUCAGAGUAAAAUCUUGAUAAAAAUGAAUAUAUUAGAUAAUAUUAUGUUUUUGUAGACAUUCUAUCAUCAGGCAUCAAUUAUAAGGUGAAUUAAAAUGUUACAUCAGAUUACUUAUUAUAUCUUUUAAACUAAAUCUAAACUCAUUUAUAAUCUAUUAGUGUUGUUAAUGAACCUUUUUAUAAAAUGAUUUAGAAUUCAGUGAAUCUAGAUUUUGGAUAUGUUACCAAAAAAUAAGCUGAAUUAAUUAUUGGUCUAAACUCAUCUCUAGGAUAACCUAUAGGAGAUAGUUAAGAAGUAAAUGAUAUAUAUACGAGUGCCACAAAUUAUUAUAAGUUUUCUAUUACAAGAUACAAAGAUAAUCCUUUCUAUCCUACUUCUUAAUUCCCCAAAAAUAGUAGUGGAUAUUAAGCUGUUGAUCCAAAAUUAUAGGAAACUGGAAGUACUUAAAAUACUAUGUUGGGAUAGGAUAUUUAAUUUUCUAUUCCCAAAGUUAGGACAUUGAACUCUAAUACAACUUUAGAAUGUAUUUCAUAAUUAUAAAAUGGUACUUGGAGUGCUGAUAUUUGUAAAACAAUAAAAAAAGAUAUGGAAGUUAUUUGUAAAUGUGAGAAAUUGAGUCCUACUUCUGUUAUGGAAUCUAUUGAUUAAAUAUUAGAUAAAGCAAGUCAAGUUUUCUCACUUACCACCUUAGAAGCAUUUGCAACAUUUCCAUUUUAUUAGACAAUCAUAUUUUACUUUUAUGUUACAAUCACUGUGUUAUAUUUGUCUAUUGUCUAUUGGGGCAUAAAAGUAGAUAAUUAAAUGUUUUCAUAAAUACAUGCCUAAUAGGAAUUAGCAAAAAAUGAAACAGAAGUUAAAAACACUGUCUAAAAUAACUUGAUCAAUAAAUAAGUAGAUUCAAAAUAUACUAAGAUUGGAUAAUUGAGAGAUUCAUCUAUUGAAUAUUAACAUACUAUGCCUUUAUUCAAAAGAAAUAUGUUUGGAACUGGACUCUCUUAUGGAGCAAUUAUAUUAAAUAGAUUCAAACCAAUAAAUCCACAAAUAAAUAAUAAAUAAUCUAUUUUAGAAACAAAUCCUGAAGAAAAGUCUAGUAAAGAUUUGAAUAAAAUUGAUUAAUUAUUUAGUCAAUCUCAAGUUCUAUAAUCUACUAGAAUAAUCAAAUAAGGAUUAUUCAAUAAAUAAGAGGAAUCUCUUAAAUAGGAGGAUUCCCAUAAUGAUUAAAAAUUAUAAAGGAAACUCACUAUACAAGAUAUAGGACUAAAAAGUAUGUUAAUUAAGAAUCUUAUUACUAAUUUUAGAGCAUUUAUUGAAUUUCUCAAAUACUUUCAUUAAAUUUUAUAAAUAAUUUAUAAGGAUGAUCCCAUAAAACCAAGAGGAUUGAGAGCAUCCAUUGUUUAUGUUAGUUUCUUAGGGGGAAUGGCCAUAAUAUUUGUAUUUUAAUAACCUAAUAACUUAAAUUUUACAAUAGGUUUAUCAAUUUUGACAGCACCAGCAAACAAGAUAUAUUAAAUAAUUUUAGAAAAAUCAUUAUCAAAUAAAUCUAGAAUGAUCAGAAUGAUUGGAGUUUUAAUAAUGAUUGGUGGUGCUGCCCUUAUUUCAUAUGUCAUGUUAGCUGGUUUAGUAAUAAUGAAUUAAACUCAAUAAUCUAAUUAAAUGAGUUUAAUCUUUAUAGGAGCAUUUCUUGUAGAUAAUUUAAUUUAUAGUCCAAUGUCUUUAUUAAUUACUUAUUUUAUUCAUAUGGAUAUAAUAAGAAUUCCGUUUCUAUAAGGAAUUUUAGUGAAAAUUCUGGAUGAAAAAACAAAAGAAUUUUUAUUUGGAUUAGUAGAUAAUAUAAGAAAAUAAUGA